AGAAAAAGCAGAAACGUAUAGAGCAGAUGUGUCAGACGAGGUAUGCCUUCCAUCGCGACGAGUCUUCAAGAUCAGACGAGAAAAUUGCGUGACCAAGGUUGAUCGAAGAUGCCGCCGAUUCUCUCAUCAUUAUUACAGUUAGUGUUGGUGUCGAUCCUGUCGGUGACCUACGGACAGGACGUCGGACAGUCGUGCGUAAUCAACAAUUCUGCGGGCGUGUGCAAACUUAUUGAUGAUUGCCCGCCAGUUUAUCAGGAAUCGUUAGCCGGCAAAAUGCCCAGUCAGACCUGCGGAGAAUUAGAUUUUAACCCGAUAGUAUGUUGCCCAAUAACAAAUCCUGAGGUCACCAAACCAACACCGGCGCAACAAUCAGAAACUAUUAUACGAAUGAAUAUAUCGCGGCCUUUGACAGUGGGAUCAAGAGGAUCUGUAGCACGAGCAAAAUGCGCAAAAAAUGCGGAAGCUGUCUACGGUCUCGUAUUACCUCCGACGCCGACAGUGAAUCACAAGCCAAUCAACAUAUCGCUAUGCGCCUUGAAAACGCACAAAUUAGUAGUUGGUGGUAAGAAAGCCGAUCCGAAAGAAUUUCCACAUAUGGCGGCCGUCGGAUUUGGCGAUCGCAAUAACAUCCAAUGGUUUUGCGGAGGUAGCCUAAUUUCCGCUAAGAUUGUCCUGACAGCAGCCCACUGCAUUUGGACACCAGAAUUAGGAAAUGUAAGCUGGGUACGUCUCGGCGAUCUGAAUCUCGUGCAUACCAAUGACAGCGCGAUGACGCAGACCAUCGCAAUCGAGGAAAGGAUAAAACAUCCUGACUAUAAACGCCCGCUGCAAUAUCAUGACAUAGCUAUACUGCGUCUGAAGGAGGACGCUACCUACAAUGCAUAUGUCAGGCCGGCGUGUCUUCCGGUAGAUUGGCCUGACGUGGGUCAGAAUGAUAAGGCAGUCGCUACUGGAUGGGGUCAAACUAAGACUGAUGAGGAAGGUUCAGAUCAUCUGUUAAAAGUAACGCUCAAAUUGGUCUCCCACGAGCCAUGCAACGCGAGUUACUGCGACGGCACUAGCUCCGUGGAGAUCCCAUUAGGAAUCGACAACGACUGGCAAAUAUGCGCGGGAGAAGUCGGGAAAGAUACAUGUCAGGGUGAUAGCGGAGGACCACUCGUCGUCUUUAACACGGACCAUCAAUGUAUGUACAACGUGAUAGGGGUCACCAGUCUCGGACGAUUAUGUGCCAGCAUCAUACCUGGCGUCUACACACGAGUGUACCAUUAUAUUCCCUGGAUAGAAAGAACCGCGUGGCCGGAAGAUUUUUUGUUGCUGUCGAUCCUGUCGGUGACAUACGAACAGGGUGUCGCAGAGUGGUCAUGCGUGGUCAACAAUUCUCCAGGCGUAUGCAGACAUAUAAAUGAUUGCCCGCAAGUAUCUCAAGAAUUAUCAGCCGGUAAAAUGAUCAAUCUGACCUGCGAAUCUCUCGAUCUUAUAGUAUGUUGUCCAACAACAAAUCCUGUAGUCACCGAACCAAUAUCAGCGCCACAACCAAAACUUACUAAACAAACAAAUACAUCACGGCCUAUGAUAUUGGGAUCACCGGGAAUUGUAUCAAAAACAAAAUGCGCAGAAUACGCGGAUGAUUUCGGAUGCCCAAUAACAUUUAAUAAAAGUGGCAACAGAGUCUCUCUAAAAAAUCUUCCGUAUAUGGUGACCAUCGGUUUUGGCGGUCCCAACAAUAUCCGAUGGUUUUGCGCUGGUAGCUUAAUUUCCUCCAAGAUUGUCCUGACAGCAGCCCACUGCACUUGGACACCGGAUUGGGGGAAUGCAACCUGGAUACGUCUCGACCAUCUAAAUCUCAUUCAGAAGUCUGGCGAGGCGAUUGCGCAGACUAUCGCUAUCGCGGAAAGAAUAACACAUCCCGACUAUAAAUGUCCGUUGCAGUAUCAUGACAUAGCUAUACUGCGUCUGAAGGAGAACGCGAACUAUACUGAUUAUGUCAGACCAGCUUGUCUUCCAGUAGAUUGGCCUGAUGUAAAUCGAUAUUCCCAGGCAGCCGUAACGGGAUGGAUUCAAAAUAAACGUGAUGUCGAAGUUUAUGAUUAUUUAAUAAAGAUGACGCCCAAUAAGGUCUCCUAUGCGUCUUGCAAUGCGAGUUACUUCAACGGUAGCAGCUCCGUUUAUCUCCCAUCAGGAAUUGUCGACAACUGGCAAAUAUGUUUAACAGCGAAUCAAAAAUGUGAGAGUGAUAGCGGAGGACCACUUGCCGUCGUUAACACGGACUAUAAAUGUAUGCACAGCGUGAUUGGAAUCAACAGUUUCGGACGACUCUGCGGUAACGGUAUACCUGGCGUCUUCACUCGAGUCUAUCACUACAUGCCUUGGAUAGAAAGAACCGCGUGGCCGGAAUAUUUUGAAGAUAUUGUUUAAUUUAAAUGUAUCCAUUUUCUCAAGUGUUAAAUUUCUUUCUUAUAUGACACAAAAAUUCG